AUGAGUUCCCCGCUUCGAGACCACCCUUCUUCAGCAAACCGAGGCGUGACCCCCAGCAGGGCAGGCCGCAAGCGUGCGCGCACUAAUGGUGACGAUGCUGCGUCCUCGGCCGGGCACGCCUCGAGCCCCAUCAUGCCCUCUUCCCCGCCCGCCUUCAAUAUCGCACACGGCGGCGAUGAUGACGACGACAUUGAGGAGGACGUCGAGAUUCAAGAUGACAUUGAUGACCUGGACGAGAUGGCCGAGGAUGAUGUCGAUCUGUUCCGAGAGGGCUUUGAGCGGGACUACCGCGAGAAACCCGACGAUGAGUAUGAAGGCAUUGACAUUGAUGAUGAGGGCGAUUAUGAAGCCAUGAACUUGGGCGAGAGGCGGCGCCUCGAAGCCCAGCUAAAUCGCAGAGACCGGGAAGUUGCCCGGAGGCAGCGUGUUCCCGGUGCAUUCCUGCCUGGCGAAGACGAUGACCGCGACAUCGACCUUACUGCACAGCCCCGUCGCCGCAGGCAUCGGUACGACGAGGACCCAGAUGAGGACAUGGACGCCGACAUAAUGGACGAGGAGCUGUCGCUUGAAGCGCUGCACGAUGUCAAGGCUUCCAGUCUGACCGACUGGGUCUCGCAACCGGCUGUGCAGCGUACUAUCAAGAGAGAAUUCAAGGCGUUCCUGACAGAGUACACAGACGACAGUGGCUCUUCAGUCUACGGGAACCGCAUCCGCACGCUUGGUGAGAUCAACGCCGAGUCUCUUGAGGUUUCAUAUGAGCACCUCUCCACAUCCAAGGCUAUCUUGGCAUACUUCCUUGCCAAUGUCCCGGCCGAGAUGCUCAAGCUGUUCGACGAGGUAGCAAUGGAUGUCGUUUUGUUGCACUACCCCGACUAUGAGCGCAUCCACUCGGAAAUUCAUGUUCGCAUCUUUGACCUUCCGGUUCACUAUACUCUCCGCCAGCUCCGCCAGUCGCAUCUCAACUGCCUUGUGCGGGUUAGCGGCGUUGUGACCAGGAGGUCGGGCGUCUUCCCUCAGCUCAAGUAUGUCAAAUUUGACUGCGGCAAGUGCGGUGUCACCCUCGGCCCUUUCCAACAGGAGUCGCACGUCGAAGUCAAGAUUACAUUUUGCCAAAGCUGCCAGUCUCGAGGCCCAUUCACGCUCAACUCGGAGAAGACCGUUUACAGGAACUACCAGAAGCUCACCCUUCAGGAGUCGCCGGGCACUGUCCCUGCCGGCCGCCUUCCCCGGCACAGAGAGGUGAUUUUGCUCUGGGAUCUUAUCGACAAGGCCAAGCCUGGUGAAGAGAUCGAAGUCACCGGCAUCUACCGGAACAGCUAUGAUGCUCAGCUCAACAACCGCAACGGCUUCCCCGUCUUUGCUACAAUUCUCGAGGCCAACAACAUUGUCAAGUCGCAUGACCAGCUCGCCGGUUUCCGCAUGACGGAAGAGGACGAGCACGAGAUCCGCCGACUCUCCAAAGAUCCUCGUAUUGUCGACAAGAUCAUUAACUCCAUAGCACCCAGCAUCUACGGCCACACCGACAUCAAGACGGCGAUCGCCCUUUCUCUUUUUGGGGGCGUUCCCAAGACAACAAAGGGCGCCCAUCACGUCAGAGGAGACAUCAACGUGCUUCUUCUCGGGGAUCCAGGCACUGCCAAGUCCCAAUUCCUCAAAUACGUCGAGAAGACAGCACACAGGGCCGUCUUCGCGACUGGUCAAGGAGCCAGCGCUGUAGGUCUCACGGCUAGUGUCCGUCGAGACCCGCUGACGAGCGAGUGGACUCUGGAAGGCGGCGCGCUGGUGCUCGCCGACAAGGGAACCUGCCUGAUCGAUGAGUUUGACAAGAUGAACGACCAAGACCGGACCUCGAUCCACGAGGCCAUGGAGCAGCAGACCAUUUCCAUCUCCAAAGCCGGCAUCGUCACCACCCUCCAGGCCCGGUGCGGCAUCAUUGCCGCCGCCAACCCCAUCGGCGGGCGGUACAACUCGACCAUCCCCUUCUCGGCCAACGUGGAGCUGACCGAGCCCAUUCUGUCGCGUUUCGACAUCCUCUGCGUGGUCCGCGACACGGUCGAGCCCGAGGAGGACGAGCGCCUGGCACGCUUCAUUGUCGGUUCCCACAGCCGCAGCCAUCCGCUGACAAACAACAACACGCAGGCGACUUCUGGGGGCGUCGACGGCGGCGACUCGAUGGAAGUGGAGCACGACACGCAGGUUACUGCGGCCACUGCUGAUCGAAACGGCAGCAACAACAACAACAAGGAGGGCGAGAUCCCGCAGGAACUCCUGCGCAAGUAUAUCCUCUAUGCGCGCGAGCGGUGCCACCCCAAGCUGUACCACAUGGACGAGGACAAGGUGGCGCGGCUGUUUGCCGACAUGCGGAGGGAGAGUCUGGCGACAGGGGCGUAUCCAAUUACGGUCCGCCACUUGGAAGCCAUCAUCCGCAUCAGCGAGGCGUUUUGCCGGAUGCGCCUCUCCGAGUACUGCUCGUCGCACGACAUUGACCGGGCCAUCGCCGUCACGGUCGAGAGCUUUGUCGGCAGCCAAAAGGUCAGCUGCAAGAAGGCGCUCGCCCGCGCCUUUGCCAAAUACACGCUGGCGCGGCCCGAUUUCCAUUCGCAGCAGCGCCGGAGCCAGGGCCAGGGCCAAGCGGCGGGCCGGAGGCAGGCUGCUGUUUCGGCGUGA